UUAAAGUGUAUCUGAUUUUUAAGUAAAGUUAGCAAUAUGUAAAUUCAUAUUUGCUUAAAACAGUACAAACAUUAGUGUCUACCCAUCAAUUUUUCUUCUUUUCCUUUUUUGAAAAUCAAGAAACUCUUUUAAUUCAAUCAUCCACCACUAGCUAGCUAUUCAAAAAGCCUCAAGAAAGUGAUUUUUUUGCUCAUGGAACCAUGUCUAGAAAAACAAGAAUUUCUCAAAAAGGAGGAAGAACAAGAACAUGAGGGUAAUAAUUCAAAUCUUUAUCAGUUUGAUUUGAAUCUGACAACAAAUGAUCAAGAACUCAAUCUUAUUGAUUGUUUUAAUAAAGAUUCAUCAGAAAAUCCUCCUACAGAUGGUGAUCAAAGAGUUUUUUCAUGCAACUAUUGCCAAAGGAAAUUUUAUAGCUCACAAGCACUUGGUGGUCACCAAAAUGCUCAUAAAAGAGAGAGGAUUUUAGCUAAACGAGGUUCAAAGAUUGCAGCCUUUGGUUACCAUUUCUAUUCAACUAUGGCUUCUCUUCCUCUUCAUGCUAGAUCUCUCGGAAUUCAAGCACACUCGACGAUCCAUAAGCCUACUACUCACAUAUCUUCCAUCAAUGGGUCUCGAAAUAUGUAUGGUUACGGUGGCUGGACUAGACCGCUUAUUGAUCAGCAACCGGCUGUUGGUAAGCUGUUAAUGGAGAAUUACCAUGUGAAUGCAACAGCAGCACUACCGGUAACACCGCCACGAGAUGGUGUUGGUAGGUUUAACUUGGAAAAGUCUAUUAUUAUGGGUUCUUCAGCCAGAUUGGGAUUUGGUGAUAGCUAUUGUCAUUUUAAGGGUAGUCAAGAUGAGUUGCAGAAUCUUGACUUGUCUCUUAAGCUUUAAUUUAGUUCAUUUCCUUAUGUUUUUUAUUUUUCUAUGUUUUUGGCAAUCAUUUUAUGUAAAUUCGAUGAGAUAAUGCAUAAGGAAUUUGUUGUUUUAGGCUAAUAAUGUUCCCUCCACUUGCAAUAUUUAUGCAUAUUCUACUAGAGUUAGUAAUGUUCA